AUGUCAGCACCCUCAUAUCCACAUGAUACAACCAAAGAAAUCGCCCUCGUGGCCACUGGUGCGGAGGAUUCUGUUAUUGAAAAUGAGCCUCAACUUCAUGUUCAUCUGAGAACCUAUCUCGCCAUCUUUGCUGUUUGUUUGGUGUACGUUGCGCAGAACUUUGCCAUCGUCGGAGCUGGGGCAGGAGCCGAUUAUUGGGGCCGAAAAUGGUUUCUGAUCAUCCCGAGCAUAUUUGGAGUCGUGGGGUGCAUGAUUAUCGGUCAGGCUUCUGACAUGCCGAUGGCAAUCGCCGGCUUCACGGUUCUAGGUAUCGCGUUCGGACCACAGGGGCUUGUCCACGCUGUGACAAGCCAGGUUCUGCCCCGACGUUGGAGGCCUUGGGGCCAAGCUGCAGCCAUGACUUCAACAUCGCUGGGGCUUGUCCUCGGAUUGAUUGCGGCCGGAGCUGUCAACCGGUCCGGUAGCGCCAACGGAUUCCGGAACUACUACUAUAUCAAUGCGGGACUUUUCGUCCUCGCUGCAAUAUUGUGUGGUGUCGCGUACCACCCUCCACCAACGAAGCAGCAGCUUGAGAUCGGAAGUCUACCAGAGAAACUCGCACGCCUAGAUUGGGUUGCAUAUGCCUUACUAGUGGGGAGCCUGGUCCUCUUCUGCACAUCGCUGACCUGGUCUCUCAACCCAUAUCCAUGGAGCGAUGCUCACGUUUCGGCUCCCUUUGCCGUCAGUAUCGUUUUGGCCGUCGCUCUCAUCACCUACGAAUGGAAGUUCAAGGCCGACGGACUAUUCCAUCACGGCCUCUUCCAGAAUCGCAUGUUCGCCAUCUGCCUCUUUUGUGUUUUCUGCGAGGGCGUUGCCUUUUUCGCUGCCAUUACGUACUUUCCUUUCCAGACGAACGUUCUCUACGAGGAAGACUUCCUUUUGGUAACGGUCCGCUUUGCGAUCGGGUUCUUGGCGACUCUGUUUGCAUCUCUUAUAACUGGCCUGUACUGCGCGACAACCAGGAAAGUCCGUCUGGCUGCCUUCGUUGCAUUCCUUAUCUUUGUGGCAUUCUUCGCCGGCAUGGCGAGCACCACAAGACAUAGCAACACAGCAGCUUGGGGGCUCCCUAUCUUGAUGGGUUGGGGUCUUGGAAUGACGAUGGUCGCGAUAGUCACUGCUGCUCAGCUCUGCGUGCCCCACGCGCUUAUUACGACUGCGAGCUGUCUUCUCAUUAGUGUUCGCUCUCUGGGUGGCACAGUCGGGAUUGCCAUUUAUCAAGCCGUCUUUAGGUUGGGCAUGAGUCAUCUGGGAGACAAUAUUGCAGAGGCUGCGAUUACUGCAGGACUGCCCGCAAGCUCUGUUUUAGAUUUUGUCACGGACCUGGUCGGGCAAGACUCGACUGCGCUCCUGACAGUCCCCGGAGUAACUCCUAAUAUAAUAGGGGCAGGAGCAGCGGCGUUAUUCGACACAUAUGCAGCCUCGUUCAAAAGCGUAUGGGUCACUGCUAUUACCUUCGUAGGGAUUGCUGCAAUCGUGUCUCUCUUCAUGUUCGAUCCUAGCAAGGAAUUCAACAAUCUUAUUGAUGCACCAGUGGAGAAAGAAGAGCGGCCAUAUUCUUGA